GACAGAGAUAGAGAGAGAGGGGGCUGCAGUGAAAGAAAAAGGAAGUGGCUGUCAAGAGGACCUGACCUGACAUCUAGAAAGCUGAGGAUUAUCUGAAAAAACAACAACCAAACACUUAAGUAGUAUAUCACCCUUUGUCUUCUGAGACUGGACUGUCGCUGCACUGCUCACACUUCCUUUUGGACUUAAGGGAGCGGGGAGGAGGGCGGCUUGUCCAUCAUGAACGUCACCUCACUCUUCUCCUUCACCAGCCCGGCGGUCAAACGGCUGCUGGGUUGGAAGCAGGGAGACGAGGAAGAGAAAUGGGCUGAAAAGGCUGUGGAUGCUUUGGUUAAGAAACUGAAAAAGAAGAAGGGAGCCAUGGAGGAGCUGGAGAGGGCUCUCAGCUGCCCAGGUCAGCCCAGUAACUGUGUGACAAUCCCCCGUUCCCUGGACGGACGGCUGCAGGUGUCCCACAGGAAAGGUCUGCCACAUGUCAUUUAUUGUCGGGUGUGGCGCUGGCCCGACCUGCAGUCCCAUCAUGAGCUGAAGGCCCUGGAGUGCUGCGAGUACCCCUUUGGCUCCAAACAGAAGGAUGUGUGUAUCAACCCCUACCACUACAAACGAGUGGACAGUCCAGUGCUGCCACCUGUGUUGGUACCGAGGAACAGCGAGUUCAACGCCAAGCAUACAAUGCUGCCUCGCUUCCGCAAUCCUCUACAACAGAACGAGCCGCACAUGCCCCAGAAUGCCACCUUCCCAGAGUCCUUUGCUCAGGCCAACACAAUGCCUUUCCCGCACUCGCCAGGAAACAGCUACCCAAACUCGCCGGGAAGUGGCAGUAGCGCCACUUUCCCUCAUUCACCAUCCAGCUCUGACCCCGGCAGUCCAUUCCAAAUGCCAGAGACUCCCCCUCCUGCCUACAUGCCCCCAGAGGAGCAAAUGACUCAGGAUUGCCCCCAGCCAAUGGACACCAACCUCAUGGCUCCACCCUUGCCUCUAGAGAGUAACAAUCGGGCAGAUGUGCAGCCUGUGGCCUAUGAGGAACCCAAGCAUUGGUGCUCUAUUGUUUACUAUGAGCUCAACAAUCGUGUCGGAGAGGCGUUCCAGGCUUCCUCUACCAGUGUGCUUGUCGAUGGCUUCACAGAUCCCUCCAACAACCGCAACCGAUUCUGUCUCGGCUUGCUCUCCAACGUCAACCGCAACUCCACCAUUGAGAACACCCGGCGGCACAUCGGCAAAGGUGUCCAUCUGUAUUAUGUUGGUGGGGAGGUAUACGCAGAAUGUCUGAGUGACAGCAGUAUCUUCGUCCAGAGUCGUAACUGUAACUACCACCAUGGCUUCCAUCCCACAACUGUGUGUAAGAUUCCCAGCGGCUGCAGCCUGAAGAUUUUCAACAACCAGGAGUUUGCUGAGCUGUUGGCCCAAUCCGUCAACCACGGCUUUGAGGCCGUUUAUGAGCUCACGAAGAUGUGUACCAUUCGCAUGAGCUUCGUUAAGGGCUGGGGAGCAGAGUACCACCGCCAGGAUGUGACCAGCACACCCUGCUGGAUUGAGAUUCACCUGCAUGGUCCCCUGCAGUGGUUGGAUAAGGUGCUAACCCAGAUGGGCUCCCCCCACAACCCUAUAUCCUCCGUCUCCUAGGCUUCAAUGUCCUCAGCCCUGUGGCUGUCCAUACCCCAGCAUUUUGGUAUAAGUAGCAAGAAUAGGGGCUAACUGGUCCCAGACUGGUUUGUGGUUCAGUCAAUAACUGAUAGAGGUUUAGACUAAAACAUUGGCUGAUCUGGGACCUCAAAGGUCGGGUGGGUUGUUAAAUAGGUUGGUUUGUUCUCUACUUGAAGGACGUCUGAAUUGGGCACAUUUACAGACUGGGAGAGGAGUAAGUAAAGUGAGCGUGAUGAAACUGGAAGAUACUUGAUCUUUGUGACCAACUGUAAUAAUUAGACCAUCACACUCAUCAUGACGCAAGUAUCCUCCCUGAUCUUGCUCCCACAACGUCUCUUUUUCAUUGUUCUAUUAUUCUGACUCAUAACUAGUUUGCAUCUAAAUAUUCCCUCAAAAAUCCAGAUAUACGUGUGUAGUUAAAAGAACUAUGGGACAUUCCAGGUCACCGAAAUUGCAGUUAGCAGCUGUUUUCUGUCUGACUGUAAUGAGGCUGGCAUGAAAUGUACUUACGACAUGUACAAAGUUAGCAGGGACUUGGAGGAUGAUGAGUAUGACUGAAAAUUUUAAUCAUCUCCAGACACUUAAACUAGUAUGCUGUUUCCUUUAAGUGUUUUUUUUAGGUUAAUAAAUUAAAGCAGUGCAAAGUUAUUAUAAUGAAAUCCCAUAUCACAAAUCAUGAAAAAUAAUAUGAGGGCAAAUUAAGGGGAGUUUUAGAGUUUAGGGUGGGGUUUAGUGUGGGGCAUGGCACUAAAAGGGCAUUUCUGACAUAAAAGACUAAUGUUUAAAUGUUGCUCAUCUUGUGUUACACUCGUGUUUCAAAUGAAUUUAAAAAAAAAAAGAAAUAGUGUUUAGAUAUAUUCACUAUUAGAAUAUGUGCUGUGCAGUCUGGUUUUGCGAAGCAUAGUUUGGUUAGUGUAGUGCUACACAUUUACGACUGGUAGCUAAACAUCACAUGAAGCAGAGGCAAAUACAAGUGCAGUUUAGUUUGUCCUUUGCUGUAUACUCUGCAGCAAAAUCAAAUGUGUCAAAUACGGAGUCACAUUGAGGACAUAAAUAUUUCAGUGACUGUGCUUCUUUCUCUUAUUACAUUGACUGAGCAAAACUUGUUAAAUGACUGUUAUGGGAAAAUGUUGAGCAUUCAAAUUUAAAUUGUUGACUGAGAAAAGGGUAUCAGUUCCUGAUGUCCCAAGAUUAUUUUUUUUUUUUAUAAAAUGCAGAUUUUGUCAUUCAAUUCUUUUAUGCUUUGAGCAGUUCUUUGCUAUUAAACUGUUAUACUCUUUACAUUCUUUUUGUAUUUUUGAACGUUUUCUGUUUUUGUCUGCACUUUUGUUUUUGUUUUUUUUCUCUCCUGCUCAGUAAAGCUCCCAGAAAAGCAGUUUUAUUCCAUGAAUAUCAAGUCUCUACUGGAAGAUUCAAUAAAUUUGUUUCAUUACUUGCAA